CACCACCACCACCCCCCCUUCCCGCCCGCCCGCUGCUCGCCCUAAAACAAUUAUUUCUUUAAAUUCAUGGCGAGCAGAAAUUAUUUCAUGCCAUUCUGGUUUACCAUCUCCUUGGUAUUUCUCCUUCUUGGGUUGAAGGUGAGUGGUUGUAAUCAUGCCGAAGGCUACAAGCAGUUCAACGGAACUCGUUAUCAACCAAAACAGCUCUUCGUGUUCGGCGACUCUUACGCGGACACGGGAAAUCUUGGAAACCUUGGGAGAGAGUUCACCCGCUCGUGGUAUUAUCCGUACGGCAUCACCUUCCCCAGGAGACCCUCUGGCCGCUUCUCCGACGGCCGCCUCCUCACCGACUUUCUCGCUGCUUUUCUGGGAAUCAGAUCUCCUAUUCCGUACAAAUAUCGGAGGGUCGGACACAAGCUGUUACCAUAUGGAAUGAACUUUGCGGUUGGCGGGGCCGGUGUAUUCGAUACAGGGAAUUUCCAGCGUAACAUAAGCGAACAAAUCGAUUUGUUUGAGGAACAGAUUAAAGAAGGGGUGUUUGAUAAAUGUGAGCUUAAGAAGUCUGCGGUCGCACUGCUCACCAUCUCUGGUAAUGACUACUCAUACAUUGCAGAAAGAGAAAACAGUACUAAUGCAGCGACAAAUUAUAUUCCGAAGAUAAUAAAACAGAUCAAACGAGACAUGAAACGUUUGCGCAAGCUUGGAUUGCGGAAGGUGAUGGUCACAAACAUGCACCCUCUUGGAUGCACGCCCUUAUUUGCAAGAGGACUGAAUUACACAGAUUGUCUCAUUAAAGCCAAUUUGGGCUCACGGAAUCACAACCAAGCCCUCCGAGCCAUGAUCAAUAAGCUGGACCCAGCCAACCAGAGCUUUCUCACUCUCAACCUCAAUGAGCCCUUCCAAGAUAUAGUUUACCAAGUGAAAGGAGCUAAGAAGUUCAAGAGCCCUAACAGGCCAUGCUGUGAGAGCUUCAGGACUGAUGGGUAUUGCGGGCAGAUAGACGAAAAGGGAAGCAAUCAAUUCACACUGUGCAGCAACCCAGAAGAGUAUUUCUACUGGGAUGACGCGCACCCGACACAAGCUGGUUGGGCUGCCGUAUUCGAGUCCCUCAAGGAUCCAAUUCGGCUGUUCCUGUCCUUGUGAUUAAUUUAUUCGCUUUUUGGGUUUCCCUCGCUUUCGUUCCGAUUGGUCAAUCUUAUCUCAUCUGAGAGUUGAACCAGCAUGCAUGCAUGCAUGAUUAACCUAAUUUAAAGAGUCUUUGGGACUUGAUAUCCCUUCUUCUUUUCAUUUU